AUCAGAACCAAGACAUUUUACUACGAUUGAGAAUCACCCCCUAAUAAAAGUUUAGGGUGAAAAUAAAUGGUCCUUACUCCAUAAGAUGUCCUUUUGAUUUCAAAUAGUGUACAAAGUUGUGCAUUCAAGCCUGAGGUGCUGAGUUCAACCCCCCUACCUAAGAGAGGCCCCACAAUAGUUUCCAAUAACCAACCAAUACAGGCCCCUUCAUAUUGCUAUAUGUCCAGGACUUGGAUUUCCCAACUACCUGUUUCACUUUGCAGACAAGCUUGGGGUGCCUGAACAGGGAAAAAGCAGGGCUUCUUCAAUGGGUUAUUGCUCCUCUGGUUCCUGCUCUUGUGGAAGAUGCAAACGUCCAUGGAGUCCUCAACCACACUCCGUUUUGCUGCUUUUAUUGGUGGCAUUAACCUUGCUUGUUUUAUCAUCUCUCAUCAAGUUUGAUAUAGUUCUGGAAACUGGGCCGGGGCCGCAGCUGUGGACUUUGGUACUUUUGCUCAUCGCAGUCUCGAUACUUUUCCUUGUUUGUUGGUUGCCAACUGGGAACUCAUGCCGAGGAACUUACUAUUGCGUAUGCUGGAAAUGCUCUUGGAAGGUUCGUUGUUGAAUCUGGACCUCUCCUGAUUCUGGCUUGUUUGCUAUUAGGUUGUACUUUUCCAAUUCAUCUUCACUGUUCUGAAGAACUCUAUUGUGCGGUAUAAUGUGUAUGGUAACUUAAAGAACCCAAUUCUGGCUUUUCAAUUUCAUGUAAUUUGAAGAACUAGGCUUUUACCCAAUUUGAUCAUAGAUGAUUGUGAUGUGAUCAAAACUAUUCUUGGGAAUUUCAAAGUAUGCAUCUUUUUUCUUGGGUUGUUUUUAUUUUUAUUUUAUUUUUUUCA